CAGGGAGUUGUGAUUAAACAAGUUCCAAACUUAUAUAGAACUUUCAUAUGUAUAACAACCACUCAUAAAAUGUCAUCAACGUUGAACAGCAAUCUUCCAGAAUUCCUAAUCCAACAAAAACCUCAUUUUAAGUACGUAAUUGGUAAAAACUCGGUUAUUAGGCUAACGAUAAAGCUACAAACUUUCGGAAAUUAUAGAGUAAUAUAUAAUACUCAGAACAUCGUUUUUUUCAAGUUCAGUACUAGGCCAGAACAUCAUGGUUCUGUUAGAUCUUGAAGGUGAAUUUACACUAUACAAAGGUGGCGCUUAAUUUUAUAGCAACAGAUCCUGAGUUUUAAAAAUCCGUUUCAGUAUUUCCGGAAGACCCGUUACAGUUUUUAUAUAACUCCACAAUGGGACUAAUUCGUUUCAAAAUUAUUAGAAUCGCUUCUUUAAUCACAUUCGUCAUUCAUGCCAUUAUUAGUUUCCUAUAUUUGGUUGAACUGGUGAUGACAUUCGACUCAACUUUGCUCACAAGCUACGGACCGAUGAUUUUUAUUUUUGGAAAUGUGUUAUUACCUGUCUGUGGUAUUGUAUAAUUUUUAUCAAAAAAUAUUUUUAGGGGUUUAUGGGUCUAGCCGUUAUCUUCUACAUAGAACACACAAUCAGGGUGUUAUUGGGUCAAACGAUUGGACAUUUGUGGGAAUUCGAUACCCAGUCACCGUUAUACAAACGCAUUUCCAAAGAAGCAAAGACAUUUUUAGCUGCAGUUCAUUUGAAUAAUUUCAUAAUGGCGUUGAUGAUGUUUUUUGAUUUUCCAAUAGGGGGUAAUAACACUAAUAUUUAUUACGCGAAAUAUUUCUUUGAUAGAGUUUUACCAAAUUACACUACGUAUUUGUGCUACUUGUACUACGCAACUUUUCCUCUUUUGGGAUAUAUGAUGGUAAUCAACCCCAAUUUAAUGUUGUAUAUAACGUCUCAGUUGAAAUUCCAAGUGUACUAUUUAAACGACUUGUUGAUGAAUAUCGGUGCUACGUACCAAAAUAACGACGAUUAUGAUUUAAUACGAAACGAAAAUUAUCAAAAAGAGGUUUCCAUUCAACUUUCACGUUGUGUACAGAGACACUGGAUUCUUAAAUAUUGGGAGAAAAAAUUCAAUGAAACAAUUUACAUGCCAUUGAUUAUCCUCAUGGGCUUAUCAAUAAUGGCCUUCAUUAGUUUGUUCUUUGGUAUUAUUGUGGAACGCCAAGAAACGUAUCUUCUUAGAGUUGGUUCUUCACUAGUCUUUGCUUGUAUUACGACUUUCUUUGCGGUUGCUUCGGGGCAGCUUCUAACGAAUGAAGUUUAUUCUUUCAUUAUUUUUUUUUUAAACUAAUGUGUUGAUUUUUCUUUUUAGUCUGCGAAUAUUCUAACUAGUGCAGCUAACUGUCGUUGGACUUCGUGGAAUUGUUCAAAUCGGAGGACUUUGUUAAUUUUUAUGAUAAACGCCCAAGAACCGUUCAUUAUCGGGACCCCUUUUUUUCUUUGUGAAUACCCCUUCAUUAUCUCAGUAAGUUUUCAUUCGUCUUGAUAGUAUGAGAAAAAAUGUGUUGCAGGCCGGCAAGUUUAUUUCUUCAAUGUGUGGAUUUUUUCUCCAGAUAGCUAAAAUGAGGGAGGCUGAAAUGUUAGCAAAUACAGUUUCUGAUUCGCCUGAAAGCAAUUGAAUAUUAUGUAAAAACGUGUUAAAUUAUCGACAAUAUAUAUUUUUUGUGGUUAACAA